AUGGAUGAGGAUGAGGAUGCUGGUUCAUGUAUGAAAGAUGUGUUCAAGAAAGUGCUGACUUUGUACAUACACGAGGCAACGAAGAAGGAGAAGGAAGAUAGUAGCGAAAGUAGCUGGAGUUCUUCAGAGGCCUUUAGUCUGCCCUCAGAGAGCAUUAAGAAGCUCUCCAGUGAGGAAUUUCAAGUGAAAGCCAAUGAACUGGUGAAUGAGUCUGUGAAGUGUUUCUUGCAUCAGCUGCUGUUUCCAUCAUGCCCAAGCAAAGCGGUUGGCCCAGAGGACUUCAUCCAGGGAACACCAAGCUCUAGCGGCUGUCUGGCGAAGACUGCAUAUGAAAGCUGCUCUGGAGACUCUAGCUGUUCGUCUCAGACUCUGAGUGAAACAGUGGACUUGUUGAGAGACCGAGUAGUGAACCAGGUGAUGGAAGCAGUUUCAUCAGUUGCAGAUGGUGAAAACCAAGUUGUAAAGACCACAAGGUCUUCAACUGCCGAGAGCAUCCAAGCCGUUGGUUUAUCCUCAGAGUAUGGUGUGAAUCGUUCUGUCAAGGAUGUCGCCUGCUCCACCAGUUCUUUGGGGUUGAUCAUUGGCUUACACACUGAUUCAGCAAAUAGACUAGGAGAGCCAAAGAGCAAAGUAAAAACAGAAGUGAAGAUCUGCAUCAAACCCAAAAUAAAGACUCUGAGGGUCAACAAAAAGUAUGUAUCUAAGAAAAAUGUAGUGGGUCCAGUGAUGUUUGAGGCCAAUGCAAGCGCAAACAAGCUGCAAGGAAAUGAUAUGCGGCAGGGGACAGCAGGUCAGAGCAGCGAGGCACAAACGUCCACAUCCCAGACAGAAAAGGGCUCUGAGGGGAAAUCCAAGAAACGGAACAUUUUUGCCAGAUUCUUUUCAUCCAUCUCCAAGUCUGUGCGGAAAUGCUGUGUUUUCCAGUUUGUGGUGAUGGAUGACCAGGACUACAAGGCCCACUUCACUGACCCAGACUCUCUGGUCAACUGGGACUGUGUGCAGCAAGUGAGGAUCUACAGCCACGAGGUGCCCUCCUGCCCCAUCUGCCUGUACCCCCCGGUGGCGGCGCAGAUCACGCGCUGCGGCCACAUCUUCUGCUGGCCGUGCAUGCUGCACUUCCUCUCCCUCAGCGACAAGGACUGGUCCAAGUGCCCCAUCUGCUACGAGGCCGUCAACGGACCCGACCUCAUGAGGUCUUCUAUGCAUGGGCACCUGGGCACGUACUCCAAGCUGCUGCUGGCCUCUGAGGAGCAGGUGCUGGGGCUGCUGCAGGAGGAGAAGGAGGCGCUGAGGACCCAGCUGUGCCUGGAGGAGAACGACCCGCAGGACUGCUUCAUCCAGAGCGCCCUGCACCAGCUGCAGGAGCGUGAGGAAUCUCUGCUGAAGCGGACCUCUCAGGAUGUGUCCGGUGCGGAAGGACUGGACCUGCGGAAGCUGUCCCUGUCUGACCCCCCCUCUCCUGAGGACGCUGUGGUGGUCUCCUAUCCCAGCUCCAAGACUGUGCUGCAGUACUCCUCGGCAUUCGACGACGAGGUGCAGGUGAUGCCAGACGUGGACCCUGUAGAGGUGGCUGAGGAGGUACCUGAAGGACCUGCUGAGGCCCUUGUGAAGCAGGAGGCUGAUGCAGAGGCCCCACAGGCAGUGGAGGGGCCACCUGUUGGUUCCCAGACUGAGAUGGGCAAACCUCAGACCUCAGAGCCUGGGCCCUACUACUACUUCUACCAGGCGGACGAUGGUCAGCAGAUGUUCCUGCACCCGGUGAACGUGCGCUGCCUGCUGAGGGAGUACGGCAGUCUGGAGGCCAGCCCCCCCGCCAUCACCGCCACCGUAGUGGAGGUGGAGGGAAAAGCCGUCACCGAGGAAGUGCGCCGCCGGCACAGGUACCUGGCCCACCUGCCCCUGACGUGUGAGUUCAGCAUCUGUGAGUUGGCGCUGCAGCCCCCGGUCCUCUCCAAAGAGACCCUGGACAGCUUUGCAGAUGACCUGGAGAAGAGGAAGCGUCUGCGGCAGAAGAAAGCGAGGGAUGAGAAACGGAGGGAGAGGCGUAUCGAGAUGGAGGAGAACAGGAAACAGGGCAAAUAUCCGGAGGUGCACAUUGGCUUGGAGAACCUGCAGCAGUUCCCUGCGUUUGGUUCUCCCCCUGACCGCGGCAGCAGCCCUCCUGCCCACCCAGAGUUCCUGCUGGCCCCCCCCUCACCUCUCAGCAGCAGCCCAGCCUCAGAUGGACUGAUGUUCCCCAGUCUGGGUGGGCACAGCCCUGUGCUGAGCGUGGGCAGUAUGGAGGAUGACUCCCACUGCAUGUCCUUUGCCCAGAUGCUCCGAGAUGGCAAAGCCAGAGGUGAUGUUGGGCCUAAAAUCACCCCAAAGAAAGUGGACAUGCUGCUGGCCCCCCCGGUGGCAGACAGUGAUGGGGAGAGCGACGGCUCGGACCGGGUUCCUGUGCCCAGCUUCCAGAACUCCUUCAGCCAGGCCUUUGAGAAGGCGCUGAUGCAGCUGGACCAUGGGCCCCCAGCCGCCCCGCAGCUGGCUCCCAUGCCAGAAGAGAAAGGGGGCAAGAAGAAAAAGAAAAAGCAGAAGCUUCUGUUCAGCACCUCUAUGGUUCACACCAAGUAGAAGAGGACUCGCAAACACACACACACACACACACACACACACACACACACACCUCAUACUCCCUCAGCUCAUGACUCAAGUUAUCCCCAUCCAGCUGUGUAUCUUGCUUGCCUCUCGUUUUUAUUCUCCACUCUCUCAAGUAACAUUGAUUCUCAUUGUAGCUGCUUAUUUUACGAGUGACUUGGCAGCUGCAAACCCCUGUGAAACAGCAGUGUCCUUCUGCACUGCCCUAACUUGGCCAUG